GACACAGUUUUCAAAUAAUUUUUUGUAGUAUUAGUAGACAUCAAUCUUCAAUAAGUAAAACUUUUUAGUACACGAACCUGCAGUAACCAUAAAGACUCAUCAGAAGAAUUAUUUUCAUCUCAAAAGCAUCAUUAAGAAAGCUAUUAAUAAACUCCAAAAUGUUUUUCAAAAUUUUACUAAUUUUUUCUGUAAAUUUAACAUUGCUGAAAAAUGGAUUCGUAAAUUGUGAUUCACCGCUUGAUUUUAACAACAAAACUUCAAUAAUUAAUUAUCUUAUGAGCAUGCCAAACAGAAUAAUAAACAACUACAAACUAUUUGAGACUCUGCCCAACAAACAAAAUAUGGAAAUACUGAAUCUAAUUCAUCGCGACAUGUUGAAAAAACUUAAUGAAUUAGACCAAAUCUCGAGCUACUCCGAGUACCACAAGACCAACGUAAGUGAAUGGAUGGCUGUUAUGCACUUCUUGGGCGCUUAUGGAUUCAAGGAAAUCGCUGGCAAGUACACUCUUUACUCGACAUUUGCGCUGGAAACAAGACUGGCGCAUUUGCAUGACAGCAUUUUGCAAUCGAUCGACACAAUCAAGAAAAUUGGAAGCCCCAAAUCUUUCCAUAGUGUCGAGAAUUUUUGUAAUAUCGCCCACCGAAUUACUAAUUUGUUUCUGGACCAUAUAGCUGAAGAUUCGAUUACUAAUUUGUAUAGUCAGAUAAUUGAUAUCAUCAGCACUGAGAUUAAUUCACUUACGUCUAGCAAGAGAAAAAUAAAACCAGAUUAUUGUGGCGAAACAAUAUCAUUUCAAAAAGCAUUAUAUGAAUACUAUCGAAAAAUGAUUAAAAUCAAAAUCCAGCAGACAACUAUCAACUUUUUCUACAAAUUUUUGAAUAUGCGCUGCGAUAACAUUCGAGUCGAAAAUUUGUUAUUCUUCGAGAGAAAAGUUCCAAAAUCGAUUCGACAGAUGAUUCAAAAGACAUCAAAGAUCAUGAACAACAUCAAUUACUACAUUUACAAUUGCGAUGCACCGGUUGACACCCAAGGUAACGAGACUUUGAACCUUGAACUGGAGAGGAUCAUGGAAACGAAGAUAAUCCUUGAAGAACACUUGAGCAAAACUCAACAAUGUGAUCACAACUGCGAUCUGGAAGUAAUCGGCCAGAAUAUCAAUCGGACACACUGCGAAGAAUUUCGUGACUGCCAGCAUAUUUCUACUCACUCUAAUUCUUGUAAACCUGGGUCUGGAAAGAGUGAUCUUUGCGAUGAAAACCAGCAUCCAUGUGAUUACUGUAUUUGCACUUGCAUGAUAAACUCUCAAAACUCAACACAUAUUACCACUGCUAUAGACUUCAGGGAACAAGUGUCAGAUAUCUUCAACAACAAAGUGGUGGUAGGUGUAAAGUUUUCGGAGUCAAACAACAUGAUACAUGUCAACAUUUUGGAAAGUAAGCUUCACCCCGGAAUGAAUAAUCUCUUUCACGGUGUAAAAAUAGCAUCUGAGACCAUAGAAUACAAUAAAGAAGCACAAAACUACCACAUCUUCAAUAAAAAUGGAACUGUGACUACUCUUAUCCCAGGAGUUGACUAUGGCCACCCAGAAAUCAUGUUUCUGGACAAUGUAAUCGCUCCUUUUGGUCAAGUAAUCACUGGUGUAAGAUUCAGGAUUGCUGGAGACCUUAAGGAACCACCAGUGAGGUCUGGCCCCAUUCAGCUGCAAAUUCGGGUCACUCCUUUCGACUUCAAGAACAAUACGCUUGACAAUCUUGAAAAGACACGAUGGAUAUUUGCAAACUCCGCGAACCCAAGGGAAGAAAUACUGCUAGAAGAACCCGACAAGCCUACAAAGUCACUGAAAAAUCUCCCAAACUCAGUUUCAAAUCAAUUCAUCAGAUUUCGUCGUACUGAUUUUCGUAAAGACGCUGGGCGGUCAAUAGUACCUUUCUUUGAUGGUCAGAUGAUAGGUCGUAGUGAGCCGCCUCCACUCGGAGGAAUUGGGAUCUACCAUCGAAGCUGCAAAGGAUACGGUGGGUUUCUUGCUUUUAGAAUUUUUGAUGCUAACUUAUCGAAACUUCUGGUGGCUGGACAAAAAAAAAGUCAGAUAUCAUCGGAUGAGUAAGUAACCGAAGUACUCGUUGAUUUGUCAAGAUUGAGGCUUUACUUCCAUUCAAUAAAACUAAUUGAAGUUGGUACAUUUUCUCUGUAAGUCAUGUAAAUGUCAAUAAAGACUUUUUGUUAAGUAAUAUUUGAUG